AUGAGGGAAAUAAUUAACCUUCAAGUAGGACAGUGUGGCAAUCAAAUCGGGUCAAAGUUUUGGGAAGUGAUAACUGAUGAACAUGGUCUAGAUUACAAUGGCAUCUAUAAGGGGCAGAAUGAAAUAAUGGCUGAGAGGUUGAACGUUUAUUUCAACGAAGGGACAGGUUCCCGAUACUACCCACGCUCAAUCCUCGUUGACACGGAGCCAGGAACGAUAGACACGAUAAGAGCAUCAGCCCUUGGAAAUAUGUUCAAACCUGAAAAUUUGGUUUUCGGUCGCCAAUUUAAAAUACUAGGUCAGACGGGGGCAAGCAACAACUGGGCCAAAGGUUAUUUUGCCGAGGGGUCGGAGAUUGUAGAAAUCGUGAUGGACGCUUUGAGAAGGGAAGCGGAGAUGACGGAUCUGUUGCAAGGGAUACAGAUGACGCACUCUCUUGGCGGAGGAACAGGAUCAGGUAUGGGAACGCUUUUGUUGAAUAGAGUAAACGAUGAGUACCCGGAUAGAAUUGCUUCCUCCUUCUCCGUACUUCCAUCACCUAAAGUGUCAGACACGGUCGUUGAACCGUACAACUGCGUGAUGGCCUUGUACCACCUGACGGAGAACACGGACGAAACAUUCUGCAUCGACAACGAGGCUCUCUACGACAUCUGCUUCCGAACGUUACGACUUGCAAACCCAACGUACGCCGACCUUAAUCACUUGGUCUCACUGACCAUGAGUGGAGUCACUACAUCUCUCAGGUUUCCUGGCCAGCUAAACUCAGAUCUGCGUAAGCUUGCAGUCAACAUGGUUCCAUUUCCGCGUCUACAUUUCUUUCUUCCAGGAUUCGCGCCGCUAACGAGUAGCGGCAGCCAGAGUUUUCGUUCGAUAAAGAUUGCAAAUCUCGUCCAUCAGAUGUUUGAUGCGAAGAAUUUAAUGGCUGCUUGUGAUCCGAAGCAUGGCAGGUAUCUAACAGUGGCUGCCAUGUUUCGAGGAGUGGCUUCGGCGAAAGAAGUUGACGAGCACAUGUUGAACGUCCAGAGUAAGAACAGUUCAUAUUUCGUUGAGUGGCUACCGAACAACAUCCAAACGUCCCUCUGUGACAUACCACCGAAGGGUCUGAAAACUGCCGCAACUUUUAUCGCCAACAACACCUGCAUACAGGAGUUAUUCAAACGAGUUGUAGACCAGUACUCGAUGAUGCACCGAAGAAAAGCCUUCCUACACUGGUACAUGGCCGAAGGGAUGGAAGAAUCGGAAUUUAUCGAAGCAGAGAUGAGCUUAAACGAUCUAAUAUCCGACUACCAACACUGUCAGGACAGUCCUGCUACAUUUACCGAAUACGAAGAAUCGAUACCCGACGAAGUUCUAACGGAAACUCGAUCCGACUCGGCGUACGAUUCGACCCACGAAUUUUUAAAUGUGAAAAUUUUUAAUGAAAAUUCGCGGACAAGAAAUGCAUUAAACGAGUUAGACAUGCUAUAUUGA